AUGUACGCUACGUUCUCUAAGCGUCGUCUUGGCCUUUAUAACAAGGCGAGCGAGCUCAGCACUCUUUGUAGUGUUGACGUUGGAGUAAUUAUAUCGUCUCCAAGAGGAAUCCCACACUCGUUUUAUAGUCCGAGUAUGGGAGUUGUAUUGGAGAGAUACUUAAAUCCCAACAUGCCCGUGAGCGGUGUUCCUCGAUUCAUCGACAAUCAUUCCCGGAACCAAAUCGCACGGCUCAAUCAAGAGCUCGACGAGGUUCUGGAAAUGAAAGAGCAAUUAAAAAUAAGGGAUAAACAAGUCGAUGAAAUUGAUCGAACCCGUCCCAAGGGCUGGUGGGAGCAAGUACCUAUCGAGAGCCUGGAUGCAAACCAGGUCCAAAUGUGGAUCUCCCGAUUCGAGAACCUUCGUGCCCAAAUCCGGGCUCGUAAGGAAGAGAUCGAGCACUGCGCCUGA